AGUAUAAGUUUUUAUUUUUGUUUUGCAGCGUUUGCAUAAUAUUUGCACAAAUAAUAUUACAUUUUGUACAUAAUAUAUCCCGUUCUUUUCAAGUUCUCAAGUUGCUUUUUAAUUUCGGUUGUUUUUCGAUCGACGAUGCAGAGGCUUGUUUUAGUGCUUCUAGCACUCUUUGUUGUCGAAGCGGCAACAAUAAGUGAUAGCACGUCGAGUGAGGCUGAACUUCCGCCGUUAGAUUCCACCACAAUCCCACCCAUCAGCUCCACUUCACCGGAAGGGGUUGGAAUUUUGGGAGCAUUUGACCCAAAUCCCUAUCCUGUGAUCGAUUCUUAUCCUCAAAGUAAAACCGUGAGGGUUGGUGACUUUGUGGAUAUAAAAUGUAGUGCAUCGGACACAGCUGAUCAUUUACCAAACUGGCCAAAACAUGAUUUGACUUUGAGUCUGAUCUACGAAGAUGAGCCCAGUAGGGAUUUGAGUAGCACUGAACACAACUGGUGGGUGGAUGAGUCUAAGAGCACAAAAUCCCGACCAAGUCCAAAGGGAAGAAUCGACAUCACUGAAGUAGCAGAAGUCUACGUGUACAAGACGUCUGCUGAGAAAAGUGACCAAGGAUGGUACCGGUGCAGGGCUUGUAUCUACCUUGGAAGUGAUUUACAAUCUUGUGAUAUCAGCCUUGCCAAGUUCUAUGUAAAAGUCUUGAAACGUCAAGGAGCGCCAGAUGAGCCUAAUCCCCGUAGGGAAGAACAGGGCUCUAGCUCAUCAUCGCCAACGGUGAUACCAACCGGGGGACCAAAUGUGAAUUACGAAAGUCCUCGAUCCUCAUGUCAGGUCUUCGGGGACCCUCACAUUGUCUCAUUCGAUGGGGCGAUCUUCAAUCUCCCUGGUGCAAGUUGUGACUACGUCAUGGCUUUAGACCAAGAUGCCGGUACCUGGUUUAUGUACGGCAGAAUGAGACCAUGCGGUAGCCUCGCCCAGGGAGUAUGUCUGGAAUCGGUCACUGUAUACGCUGGAGGGGACGCGAUUGAGCUGCAGAGAGGAUGGAUAGUGAACCACAAGGGGAAAAAGAUGGAGACAAGGGACCUGACUAAGCCCAUCAAAGUAGGAGAAUUUGAAUUGGAGUUUAUAGGAAACACUUUGAAAGUUUCUCUCUUGCUGAAGGUGGAGAAGACGCACGGGUUCAAGAUACUGCACCACCUGGUAUUAACAUGGGACGGACUCACCGCAGUAACGAUAGAAGCUCCUCAAACCGCCCUAACUCAGGGACUGUGCGGAAACAACGACCAGGACCCAGCCAACGACUUUGAUGUUUGGGGAACCUCCAACGCUGAUCUGCUAUUGUUCUCGGAGAGUAUGAAAGUGGACAGGAACUGGAAAUGUGACGCGGGAGAACCUGCCCUUACCAUGGACCAGAUGAAGGAACUUUGUGGAGCUAAGAAAUUCUCUAAAGCUCAACAGCGAUGCGAGAAGAUCUUUACUACUACUGAGUUCAGAGACUGUCUGCACGACAAAGAGCCCUAUAUGGACGCCUGCAUCUACGACCAGUGCAAAGGAAUCCACCUUCAAAACAACCUCUACCCUUGGAUGGUAAUCCCCAAAGUUGACAAAGUUCUCUGGCCUGGUUGCAAUGCUGCAGAAGCCUACGCGAUGAAAUGUUCGACAGCAACAUGGGACGUGGACGGAAACAAAAUUGCACCUAUAGAAAUGGAAGCUUGGGAGACCGAAACCAGGCUAUGUCCCUCAAAGGAAGUGAAGAAGGCGAACGUACCAAAACUUGGCUGCCCACAGAGCUUCAUGUAGGACUACCGAUAAGAGGAAGUUUUUUACAAUCCGAAAUGUUUACAGCUGUUAGUGCUGCUGGUUUUUUAUAUUCAAGUCAAACAAUGAGGUCUGGUUGGGACUGUCUGAAAUAAUAUUAAAAAUGAUUUGUCCGAACCAUGUGUCCAAUGUUUCUCCUUUUAAUAGUGUUUAUACUUUAUAUAGUUAUAGUUCGAAAAUUUACGUGCAA